UCGAUUUUCAGUUUCGUUUCUGUGUGUGCACCAAAUAUUAAUCUACCACAUUUUCGCAUAUCAUUCACUCGUUCAGUGUUCAUCGACAAGCAUUGUGUCUAAAUUUAAUUAUCCAAAAAAUAUUAUUUCGAGAGAAAAUGAAUAACCAACAAGUAAAUACGAUUCGUUUCACGCGUAAUACCGCGAUCCUUAAUCGGGGGGGUGAAAUCAUAGUUUAUCGUCGUGAUCGUGGAUCAGAUGGUGGACAAAAUUUGAACGACUCAAAUACAAUUUUCCCUGAAAAUGAUGUUGUUCAGCCCGAUGAAAAUGACGAUUCGGUGAUUUAUGUGAACACUGUAGUUCUCGAACGAAGCGAAGAUGAUUCCGUGGAAUACAUCGAUACCACUUUCAUCAAAAAGGAAGAUAAUGGUGUUAUCGGUGGUGCAUGCAAUAAAGAAAGUACUUCGGAUGCCGUUGUUCGUAACGUUUCAAAUUGUGAUGGAACGAAGGUCGCUGAACUUGUGACCGCCGACAAUCGAAGUGUUAAUACAAAUGAUGGUGCUAUUGGCGGGAAAAAAGGUGACGAAGAUUCGUUUGCUGUUGUUAUUCCGAUUGAAACUGGACUCGAUGUUGGAAUGUCACAUUUGGUAUCUUUGGUUGCAGGAAUGACAGUCAAUUCUCCAAAAAUGGUGAAAUAUGAUCCGUCAGUCGGGAUUGAAGAAAAAACUGUCGAUGUAGUGGUAAAUGCAGUUGAUAAAGAAGCGAACACGAAUGAAAUCAAAGAAGAAGUCGCUGCCAAUCAAUCAGUUGACCAUGACCUUGGUUACAAAACCGAAAACUAA